GUGUGCGCGCGCACACGGUGUGGCGCGCGCGGGCCGAGAGGACUGGAGCCCAUGGAGCCCCCAUCGUUUUCCACCACUGGCCCUCAAAUCCUCAGGGCGGCCCCCGGCAGCGACGCUAGCCUCGUCGUCCCACUGCCCUCCGGUUCACCACCUUUUGAAUUUGAAUGGAGUCGAGCGGGAGCGAAAUUAGACGACCGCUUUUCCAAAUCGGACGACGCGGGCGGCGUCCGUCUGACCAUCACCGCUGCACGGACCGGGGACAGCGGUGUUUACACCCUGCAAGCUAGCAAUGCUGCCGGUAAGGACACGACCCGGGUACGACUGGAAGUUUCCCCGGACGAAAUGCCGACUGGCGAAGACCCGCCAACUUUUCUACGACGUCUGCAGGACCUUACGGUGAAGGUCGGCACGCGGACAAGGUUUCUCGUCGAAAUCGUCAGUUCUACCGAAUGCAGGGUGACAUGGUAUCGUAACGAACGCCGAUUGUUAGAAGCGGAACGGAUCGCUUUGGUACGUGAUGGUAACUUCUGGUGCGCCGACAUCUCUGCUGUGAGCGUGGACGAUGCCGGCAGAUGGACGUGCACGGCGGAAAACGUUGGGGGCCGGGCCAGCUGCUCGGCACAUCUUAAUGUUUUAGUUCCAAAAGCCUACAAGAGGCCAGAAUUUGUAGAAGAACUUCGAGCAUUACUUACAGAACAAGGUACAGUGUCGCUCGAAUGCAAGGUGGUGGGGGUUCCGACACCGGUGCUUCGCUGGUUUAAGGAUAGUCGUGAAAUCAAAGCGGGGGAUGUUUUCGCUUUGACUGCUAAUGCUGAAGAUCCAACCUCACUUGGUACUUAUACGUGUGAAGCUGUAAACUGUAUGGGCAGGGCUUAUUCGUCAUCAAAAGUUCACGUAGUCGGUCGUGCCAGCAGGGAAGGUUCCUCGCGACCAAGCUCGGGAGGAAUUACACCAGAACCGCCUCCUAUAUUUACCAAAGAACUAGAGGACCACUUCAUAAGAAUCUGUGAGCCUCUAACUUUAAGUUGUAACAUCGUGGUACCGCCGUGGCCUCGCAAUGUCGUCUGGUACAAUAAAGAAGGAAAAAUCGACCCUAGUGAGAGAUAUCGUGUUCUUGAAGAUGGCGUUGGGGGUUAUUUGUUAGAAGUACCAAUUGCCGAGUGGCCAGACGAGGGCGAAUGGAAAUGCGUAGUGACGAGUACAGGCGGUCGAGUCGGCAUUUCUACGUGUUAUAUAUCCAUGGAUGUACCAAAGAACUAUCGUAAACCACGUUUUAUGGAAAAUCUACAAGCUGUUUUAACAGAAGAAGGUCUCGUGUCUUUUGAAUGUAAAGUCGUUGGAUUCCCUACGCCAGUACUAAGUUGGUUUAAAGAUGGACAAGAAUUAAAACCUGGUGAUGUAUAUCAGCUUACUGGCACGAACUCGUUGGGUUCCUAUUGCUGUAUCGCGAGAAAUUGCAUGGGCCAAGCUAGUAGUUCUGCAGAACUGACUGUAGAAGAUAUACAGAAUCAGUUAAAUGAAGAUGAAAAAUUGCAAUUAUUUUCGAAAAAUCAAGCUCCUAAAUUUUUGCAAGGCUUAAAAAGUAUUGAAGCUAAAAUUGAUGAACCAUUCCGUUUUACUAUUAAAAUUGCCAUUCCGCCUGAACCUACAGUAUCGUGGUAUCGAGAUGAUCAACCAGUUGAUGAAUCUUUGCGUUGUCAUCAUGGAAAGGAAGAGCGUGGUGUAUUCUUUUUAGACAUUCAGAAUCUUGAGUUUAUGGACCAGGCCGAAUGGAAAUGUGUUGCUAUGAAUAAUUAUGGACAUAGUGUAACGUCAUGUUUCCUUAAAUUAAUAAUACCACGACAUUAUAAAAAGCCUCGAUUCCUAGAAAAUCUUCAAGCCAUAUUAUCUGACGAAGGAGCUGUUAAUUUAGAGUGCAAAGUGAUCGGUGUUCCGCAGCCAGUUUUGAAAUGGUAUAAGGAUGGGGAAGAACUAAAGCCGGGUGAUAUACAUAGAAUUAUCUCCGGCCAAGAUGGUACUUGUUGCCUCGGUACGUAUACAUGUGAAGCGCAGAAUUGUAUGGGUAUCGCAGCUAGCUCAGCAUCUUUACUCGGCUUUGAGGAUUCAAUGAAAGCAAAAAGUAAAAAGAAAGCCGAUGAACAAGCUUUACAAAGAAAUUUAUCACUAAGUACAAUUCAUGAAGAGCGAACAUCCCAAAUGUACGAUACGCCAGUUGGUGAUAUAACUUUAGAUGAAAAAGGUGAGAUAUCAUUUUCUUUUGAUGGGAAAGAAGUAUCUGUUUCAUUAUACGAAACGCCGGAUUUAACAGAAGAGGAAGCAUUACAAAUAGUGGAAAUGUAUGCAGACCAAUUAUCAGAAAAUGUAACCGAACAUAAUGUAGUUGAGCUUCCUCCUUUACGGUUUGUUAAAGAAACUUCCACGUCAGGUAAUUUGUUAAUGGAAGCUAUAAUUAUUGAUGUUUCACCUGAGUAUUUUACAUCUCCCGAAGAAGAUCUCAGAACUGAAGCUGAUAUUGAGGAUAUCUCAAUUGCGGAUGAAAAUGGUCCUCCGCAACUUUCACUAGAUCAGGAAGUGGAAGGUGAAGAUUAUUUGGAAAAAACAAUAGCAUUGUUAUCAGAUGAAAUUGCAGACUUUCCUAAAAAAGUUAAUAGAAAAAAGUCAGAUUCGCAGAGAAGUGCCGACGACUACUUUAGUUUAUCGCGAGAUCAAUCUCUUUCAGAAGAAAAAAAAGACGAUGAUACUCAAAUAUUAUCUGAAAGCGAUCUUCAAAGUUACGCAAGUGCGCGAAGUUCUGGAAAACCAAAAUCAAAAUCUUCCAAGCCUUCUAUUGAAGACGGCCAGGAAUCUUCUGAUAUUACAAAAACAGUUUUACUUAAAGAAGAUUUACAAAACAAGGCGAUUGAAACAGAAGCUUCAACAACUACACCUAAAACACAAAGGCGUAGGAGUCGAAGCUCCCGAAGAUCUAGUUCAGGUAGUGAAAAAUCUUUAAACAAAAUGAAAGAUAUUGAAAUAAAAACCGAACCAGAAAAUCUUUCGACUAAUUUAGACAUUAACAAGGAAAUCAUAAAAACAGUUAUGAACGAUACUAGUUUAUCUCUAACAGAGGUAAUGAAUGAGAUACAAAUCCUUGAACGUGAUAUUAUAUUAAAAUCUGAGUUCAUGUCUACUACAGCUACUGCGUCAAACAGCUUAGAAAUAAUUAACAGCUUGAUAACCCCUUUGUCGGAAAUACAUAGUAUAACAGACGCUAUAAGAGAGACAGUUAGUGAAUCUUCCAAAAACAUCACACCAUUAUUGAAUACACUUCCUCAAUCACUAAAAAUUCUUCAAGAUUCACUUACAAUAAUUAGUAAGUGUAUUGACGUAGAAAGUGAUAACAAGACUCUUGUUAAGAAAACAUGUAUGUCUAUUAUUCGAAAUUGUGGUAACCAGUUACAUAAUAUAAUAAGAAACUUGAACGAUACUAUUUGUAAUGAAUCCUUAUUUGUUGAAAAGAUGCAGAUGACAAACAUUGAAACUGUAACUACUGACUUGAUAAAUAUUAUAAAUUACAACAUAGAUAUUCUCAAAAGUGAAGAAAAUAAAAAAUCAGAAAAAGGUUCUAAUGUUCAGGAGGCAACUUUAGAAUCAAAACAUUUACAUGCUACACAGAAAGCUAUACAUGAGCUCAGAGGGUCACUAAGGUCUCUAUUAUUUAUAAUAGAUGAGGUAGAUAAUUGUAACGAAACAAAUUAUGUUAAUAUCAAAAAGAGUGAAAUUAUACUAAAUGACAUGUCAACCCCAAUCCAAGACUUACAAACAGCUCUAGAACAGAUAGAAAUUCUUUCAGUAACCGAGUCAAACUCUGAUUUACAAAAAUAUAAUACAGAAAUUAUAGAGAAAGCUAUGGAAUCUGUUUUAAAAUUAAGAACAUCAUUUGAACAACUAUCUGGAGAGGAAAGCACUAUUGAAAACAAGGAUGGAUUAAAUGAAGUUUUGAAUGAAAUAAAAAUAAAUAUAAGGGAAAUAUCAAUACAAUUAGAAGAACUUGAAACAAAAACAGGUAAAUUUGACAUUUUAAGUAGUGAUAAUAAAUUAGAAACACUUCAAAAAAUUGCUCAAAUUUUGAUUAAUUUGGAGAAUAAUUUACCAAUACUUGAAAGUGCUUCUAGUGUAAAAGGCCACAUGACGGAGUUUCAUAAAAAUUUAACGAAAGUUCUGGAAAACGUAAUUGAAAGCAAUGAUGCAAACAAAUAUUUCACUUUAUUGGAAAUUUGCGAUGCUGUCAACAGGAUGAAUACAUCAAUCAAAAGUAUAGAAACAAACAAUGUGCUGUCUAUGGCUAGUAUUGGCAAUACACUUAAAAUAAUUUACACGAACGUUUCCAAUAAUGUGUUUGAACAAGAGUUAAACUUUUCGAUGCUCGAAAAUAUCAGCAACCUGCUAGUGUGUAUUCAAGAAACUAUUAAUAAAGCAGAAGAAUUAAGAAUAAACGAAAAUUUAGAAGAAAUAAAAGAUUUAUCAUUAGAGAAAUAUGAAGAAAACAAAGUCAACGUUGUGCUUGAAAAUAUAGAACAAACUAUUAUUGCUAUCAGUAAUGUGAUAUCUCAUGAAUCAUCAACUUCAAAAGACUUCUCUUUGAAAAAGGCAAUGGAAAAUAUUUGUCCUAUUUUAGUAGACCUUAAAUAUUGCAUUGCUUCUUCAAACGUGAAAGCUCCUGAGAAAUAUGAAAAAAUAUCUGAAUUUGAAAGUUUAUCUUUGUCACAGUCUAUUGCUAAUCCGCUCAUCGACUUACAUCAAAAUAUAAGUGUUCUUAAUCAAGUCAUAUGUGAAAACGCUGACAGACAAGAAUUUAGUCUAUUAGUGGAAGACUAUGCUAAGCCACUUUUAGAUUUACGUGAUACUUUAGAAAUUUUACAACAUGAUGUUAUUUCACAAUAUCUUGAUAAUGAACCAAAUCCUGAAUUAAAUACUAGUAUAGCAAAUGUCGUAGAAAGUCUUAAAAGUUGUAUAGUCAUGAUUCAAGAGCAACAUGUUAUAGAAGCUGCUGACGACAUGUCAACAUUAGAAGACAUAUCUGGUAUAAAAACUACUGCAGAUGUAUUACCCAGCGAUGAGUUUACAAUGGUAACUGUAAAUGAAAUGGAAAAUGUGCAAUUUGGUGAAGAAACUAUACCAUCAGGCUCUGGCCAAGCCUUACAAAUAUUGAAGGAAACUAUAAAUACGUUGCAAGACUCGGAACUAUUAAAUAUUAUAGAUUCCAUUGAGAUUCCUGAAUAUUCUUCUAUAAAGUCAAUCAAUAUUGGAUUAGAAGAAAUAAGCGCUCAAAUUGAAAGUAUUUUACAUCCCAUUACUAUUGAGUCAUGUCAAGAACUGUCACGAUUUUCACAGUUGGUAGAAAUAAUUCAACCACUGCAAGAAAUAAGACAGCAUUUAUCAGUUAUUGACAUAGAUAACAUUCCAGUAUAUGAAAAUAAAGCAGAUUCAACUCCUGAAAAAAUGAGCCUUAUAAAGGAAAACAUACAAAACUUUAAAAAUAAUCUAAAUGACUGCUUGGAUGUUUUACAGCCCGCUAUUGAAAUUACUGAUACUGCUAUAGAAAUAUCUACUAAAAUAAGUACUUUACGGGACAUAUGUAAUGAAGUAAAUAGUACACUUGACAAAUUAGAAGAAAGUAUCACAUCAAAUAAAGGAAUAAGUACAGUGAAUAACCGAUUAAAGGAAACGGUUAAUCUCUUUGUAAAAACGAUCAAUUCUUCCGAUAAUACGGAACAAGUGAAACAUGCAAUAGAAAAUCUUUAUGAAGCUGUAAUUUUAAUAAAAGAAGACUUGACGCAGUUUGUGUAUUAUAAUCCCGAAUCAUUAUCAAUAGAGAAUACGUUUAUACAACUUAUUAAUGAUAUGGAAAAUAGUAUUAUUUCCUUAGAACAAUAUAAUUUUGUCAAUUUAACUAAAUUAUAUAGUUUGAAAAAGAAGGUGAUUGAAAUUAAAGAGACAGAUAAACUAUAUAAUGUAAAUCAGAAUUUAGCUGAAUUGAUAGCACCUCUAGACUUGAUAUACAAAAAAAUGUUAUUAGAUUCAAAAGCAGAAAAGGAGGCCAAAGAGAUAGAUUCAACACUAUUCGAAAUGCAAUUAAGUUAUAUCAAUGAAAAUAUUAAAAACGUUGAACAGUUUCUUAACCUUGAAAAUAUAUCUAUUAACAGGGAUGAUAUAAGCGUGGUUAUAAAACUUAAUGAAACAGUUAAUUGUAUUUUAAAUUAUAUGAAAAAUACGCAAAUGUCUGAAUGCUUUAAACCAAUAAUGCAACCCAUUGAAACUUUGGGAAAGAUACUCCAUCGUAUUUUAUCUCCAGAAAAAGUUGAAGACAAACAUAGAUCACUUAAAGAAAAGGCAGAAACCCUAUUACAACACAUGGAACAUUAUAUUGAAAUUAUAGAAAUUGUCGAAGAAGUAUCUGCUGUGAUAAAGAUAGAAGAUUUGAAAGAAUCAGCAAAUAUUGUAAGAGAAUUACAACAAAGUAUAGUAACUUCAAUUCCAUCUUCUGAAGUUACAACUGAAAGUUCUUCAAAUAACAAAGUUAAGGAAGAACAAGCAGAAAUAGCUCAAAGAUUACAUAAAGCUUUGAUGAUGUUGCAAACACAGGCUUUGGAAAGCACACAAGAGCUCGCAACAACUGCCAAUGAAGAUAUACGUCAGCAAAUUAUUGAAGUCAUAUCAGAUUUACAAAAUGACUUCAUUGCUUUAAAGGGUACAAAUUUAACUAUAGAAGAAAGUUUAAAAACUGCUGGUCCUGAAAUUAUUCAAGAAAAAACAGAAGAAUAUUCUUUAGAUGCACAGACUACUCAAGUCAUUCUUGAAUCUGAACAACGAAAUCUUUUGGAUGAAUCAGAAAAUACUGCAAAACCUGAAAUGAUUCAAGAAAAAACAGAAGUAUAUUCUCAAGAUACACAGACCACUCAAACUAUUCUUGAAUCUGAACAACGAAAUCUUUUGGAUGAAUUCGAAACAACUGCAAGUCCUGAAAUGAUUCAAGAAAAAACAGAAGAGUAUUCUCUAGAUGCACAGGCUGCUCAAGUUAUUCUUGAAUCCGGACAACGAAAUCUUUUGGAUGAAUCAGAAACAACUGCAAAACCUGAAAUGAUUCAAGAAAAAUCAGAAGUAUAUUCUCAAGAUGCACAGACCACUCAAGUUAUUCUUGAAUCUGAACAACGAAAUCUUUUAGAUGAAUCAGAAACAACUGCAAGUUCUGAAAUGAUUCAAGAAAAAACAGAAGAGUAUUCUCUAGAUGCACAGGCUGCUCAAGUUAUUCUUGCAUCCGAACAACGAAAUGAUUUGGAUGAAUCAGAAACAUCUGGAGGUCCUAAAAUAAGUCAAGAAAAAACAGAAGUAUCUUUUCAAGAUGGACACACCACACAAGUUAUUCUUGAAUCCGGACAACGAAAUCUUAUGGAUGAAUCAGAAACAACUGCAAAACCUGAAAUGAUUCAAGAAAAAACAGAAGUAUAUUCUCAAGAUGCACAGACCACUCAAGUUAUUCUUGAAUCUGAACAACGAAAUCUUUUAGAUGAAUCAGAAACAACUGCAAGUUCUGAAAUGAUUCAAGAAAAAACAGAAGAGUAUUCUCUAGAUGCACAGGCUGCUCAAGUUAUUCUUGCAUCCGAACAACGAAAUGAUUUGGAUGAAUCAGAAACAACUGCAGGUCUUGAAAUUAUUCAAGAAAAAACAGAAGAAUAUUCUCUAGAUGUACAAUCUGCUCAAGUUUUUCUUGAAUCCGAACAACGAAAUCUUUUGGAUGAAUCAGAAAAAACUGCAAAAUCUGAAAUGAUUCAAGAAAAAACAGAAGUAUAUUCUCAAGAUGCACAGACCAAUCAAAUUAUUCUUGAAUUUGAACAACAGAAUCUUUUGGAUGAAUCAGAAACAACUGCAAGUCCUGAAAUGAUUCAAGAAAAAACAGAAGAGUAUUCUCUAGAUGCACAAGCUGCUCAUGUUAUUCUUGAAUCCGAACAGCGAAAUGAUUUGAAUGAAUCAGAAACAAGUGCAGGUCCUGAAAUAAGACAAGAAAAAACAGAAGUAUCUUCUCAUGAUGGACACACCACACAAGCUAUUCUUGAAUCCGACCAACGAAAUCUUUUGGAUGAAUCAGAAAAUACCAAAGAUAUUGUGUCGAAGACUGAACAACCAAUCCAACAUUUAGAAUCCAAUGAUCAAUACCAACAUGAUAAAAAUGCGGAAAUAUUAACUCAGUCUAAUAUUCAGGUUAACGAAGAGGAAAAAAAAUUGUCAAACGAUGAAAAGUCUUUGAUUAAUGUCUCAGAACUUAAAAAGCCAUCUUCCAAAUUUGAAAAUCUAGCUACUAUAAAAGAUAUACUAAUAGAAAAUAUAAAAGAAUACAUUUCCGAUGAAACAAUGGUAGUUCUUUCUAAAUUAUCUCACCCAUUACAUUGUGAACAUCUUAAGAAAACCAUUGAAAUAGCCACCCAGCUAUGGAACAAAACUGUAAGCGAAAGUUCUUCUCCUGAACAUACUGAAUUAUCAAGUUUUACAACGGAACAAAUUGAACUAGUAUUAAGUUUAAAUGAAGCUAUAUUAAUUAUGUAUGAGACAACCAUUGAAGAGAGCCAAGAAUUAGAAAUUAAAGUUGGUAAAGAUGCAUUAAAUGUCUUUAAAGAUGUUGUUAAUAAUUUACGCUGCACACUUCAGGAAAUUAUAAGUAAUAUGAACACAUUAACAUAUUUUGCUGAAGUCAGUGAAUUACAACCAGAAAAAACAAAUAAAGAUCCAGUCGAAAAUAUCCAGCCUAUUCCUUCCGUAUCACAUACAACGCCUCGUUCUAAUGAAAUUGAAAAAAUAAAUGAAGUGAAAUGUAAUAUUACGGAUACAUCAUCAAUAGAAGUUGUGGGUAGUGUAGAAAAUAAUAAUAACAUUUUGAAAGGCGGAGAUGUAUCUGACGUAAAAAUGACAAUAAGUGCAACUGAUUUACAUACAGCAAAAAAAGAAGAUAUUAUUUAUAAAAUGACAACAGAUACAAAAAAUAGUAAAGAGUUUGACGAAGAUAUAAAACAGAAGCCAGUAAAUAAAGAAACACUUAUCGCAAAUUUAAGCGAUUACAUUUCCGACGAUAUAGUGAAUGUAAUCGACAAACUAUCACCCGUCCUUAAUUUGAAAAAUGUUAAUGAAUCAAUACAGACAGCCCAUCACUUAUAUAAUAUUCUAUCUUUAGAUGAAUCAGAUACCUUUAAUUUUACGACCUCGCAAUUAAAAUUUGCUUUAUUGUUGGAUAAUGCUGUGUCAUCGCUAUACGAGUUCGCAAAUCAAGAAACUGAAGAAUAUAAUGUAUUACUCGAAAAUUGUGAAUUAAAAAAAGCUAAUAAUGUUAUGAAGGAAUUGCAAAAUAAUCUUCACGCCUUAAUUGAGUCAACAUUGACCCAAACCGAUUUAGAAAUUUUGGAUAUGGAUGAUUUUAAAGUUUCAAUAACUAAGGACCCUCUUAGCUAUAGAUUACUUAUUUGCGAUAACUUUUCGGAUGCCAAAUACUCAAAGGAAUCAAUGGAAGAUAAUAAAGAAAGUAUUUUAUACACUAAAGAUAUUGAAAUUGCUGUUCCUUCACCAAUACAAACGACUGACGAAUUAAUUAUUCAAGAUAUUCAAGCUGAAGUAAAUAUUAAAACAAUUAAAGAUACGACUUUAAUAAGUGAAAAAAAUGUAGAAGUUACAUUACCAAACUUAAAGGAAGACUUACAACUAAAGAAAGGUGACAUUGAUUCAAUAAUAAAGCUGGAUAAACUUUUGAAAGAAGUAAGCGAUAUGAUAGAUCUAUCAUGUGAUGAUAAUGUAGAGCCAAUUCAUAAUUCUCUCGAUGAAGUACAAACAAUUAUAAUGGAGUUGAAAAGUGAUUUUGGUGGAACUAUAGGUGACGUCAAUGAGACUCUUGAAGAUUUAGAGUGUAAUGUAAGAAGUGUUCAACUUCAGAUUAAUGAACAUAGUCCACCUGUGCUUUUAAAGGAAGCUUGUGCAAAUUUGCAAGUGCUUGUUGCACAUUUAAGUGAUUUAAAUGAUGUCGAAAAAGUUUUAAGACCCCACACGUAUGAAAUUACAAAUGAUAUACUCGAUGUAUGCUCAAACGAUAUUGGUCAAACAAUAGAUAUAAUAGAAACAGUUUCAUGUUCAGAAAAAACAGAAAAAUUAGAACAUGUUAUUUCUAAUUUAAAUAAAAUUAAGGACACAAUAAAGUUACUGAGGUCAAAUUUCUUAACUAAUGCAGAAACUUUAAUUAUGGGUGGAAUUGAGAUUAUUCAAAGCUUAGAUCAAAUCGAAGAAAGAAUUUUUUGUUUAGAAAAGGAUUUAGAAUCUGAAAAUAAUGUUGACGUUAUAACCAGAGACAGUAUAUUAUCUGCCAUACAUUCUAUUUAUGGAAGCAUCUCAAACAUGAGAGGAACUGUUUCUAGUGUGCAAAAGAAAUAUAUGUAUGAAAAUUACGGAGAACCAUCAAGAUAUUUUUUGCUAUCGAUAAAAAAUGUUCUGCUCUUAUUAAAAAAUAACGAAAGAUCUAGUUGGAAGGAAUUUGCAAAAUCACUGCGUAAAGUUCUAAAUCAUUUUGAAGAUGUAAAAUUUUACAUAAACUUUGAUAAAACAGCAAGGUUGCCUAGCGAUGCAGCUUUUACUAAAAUUAUUCUUGCCGAAUUGCAUUCUGUUCUAUCUGAAAUUGUUUUGCAAGAAGCAAAAAAAUUGGAUGAGGAGCUAACCAAACAUACUUGUGAUGUCAUAAAUUAUGUAAAUAAAAUAUUAAAGGAAAUAGAACAAAAUACGACAUUAGAAGUAAAAGAGAAAAUACCUAUUUUUAAAGAAUUGUCUAAGCACAUGUUUGAAUUGACAGAAAAAUUUAAACUUUUUAUUGAAAAUGAAAUCACAAGUAACCGAAACAAUGUAGUGGACUAUAAUACCGACGUAACAUCUUUAUCAGAAUCAACAACAGUACAAGAAGAAAAUAUACCUGAAAAAGUAAUAGAAAAAGUUGUAUUAGAAACUGACAAUACACAGAAUUCUUUAAAUAUUGAGAUCGCAGGUACAUCAACUGAUUUAUUAAGUAAAAAGGACGAUAAAGUGAUAGAAGAAAUAUUAGUGACUACAGUAGGUACAGAAAAAGACGCAUCUUUAAAAGAAGAAAACAUUGAAAGUGAUAAGUUAAUUCAGGAAAUUAAGGAGGCUACUAAUAUAAAAGACCAAAUUGAAAAUAAGAAGUCACAACCUGAGGAUAUAGAAAACAUAAUAUUAAAAUUAGAAUCAGAAGAAGAAACAAAAGAAGAGAUUAAAAACAUAGAUAUUAUUUCGGCACAAGAACACACUGACAAUUACAAAAUUAAUAAAAAUGAGCAACUUACAAUAAUUGAUAAUACAAAUGAUGAGAAAAAAGAAGAGAUAGAGACCAGUAAAGAUGCUGUUAAGAUAGAAAAAGGAACAGAAGUCACGGAAUAUGAUUACAAUCAAGAAAUUGACAAAAAUGAACACUUACAAAUGGAAAAAAAUGUUGAGGAUAUAGAUAAAAUAUCUAGAACGACAGAAAUUGUUGAAGAUGUUUUUAAUCAAGACAAUAUUGCAAUGAUUGACAGCAAUAGUAAAGAGGACGUAGCAAUUAUGGAGUCUCAAAAGGAGAAUAUUGAAAAUAAAGGCAAAAUUGAAGGAAAUGAAUCGGAAAUCGUGCAAUACAAUUUACUAGAAAAAGACGAAAAACAUGCCAUAUCUAACGUAAUGGAAGGAGGCGAAAUAGCAAAAUUGAUGGAGAUAAACAACGAAAACAAUAAGCCCGAUGAUGCUUCUCUAUUUAUAAAAUAUUCUAUAGUGGAAAAUGAGGAACUAAUGGAAUCCAUAACAAAUAAGAUUGAAGAAGUAGUAAAUUCUAAUGUGAUAAUUGAGGAAAUUCAAGAAAAUAUAAAUAUUACUACAGACAAACCGAUAUCCGUAAAUAUCAGUGAUAAAAGUAAUGAAGGGCUUGCUAUUGACAUUAAUUUCAAAGAAAAAGGAAUGCUCGUGGAUGAACAACUUCCGGAAAAUAAAAUUGAACAAGACAAUGCAAUAAGUGUAACAUUAAAAGAAGAAGUAAUAAAAGAUGACAUAAAAUUGGAAAAAACAUCAGGAGAAGGAAAUGGUGAUAUAGAUCAAUUAAAACGAAAUUCUAUAAUUGAAAACAAAUUACUCGAGGAACAAAAAUCGAAAACUGACGAUUCAAUUGGAAAAGAUAUGAAAAAUGAUAGUAGUAUGGAUUUGCCAACAGUGACAAAGCCACAAUCUAUUUUGGAUCACAAUAAAAAUAGCACUUCAGAAGGAGAAUUUCAAGAAAAAACACUUCAUGAAAUCUAUAAGGAUCACAAGGAAACUUUAAUUCAAGCGGAAAAAAUAUCCCCUGAAAAUGACGAAACAAUGGAAAACAUUACAAUUCAUGAAAGUAUACUUAAAGAUAUUGACUCUAACAAAAACACUACCCUGAACGAAAUAAUCGAUAUAGUUGACAGUGAAAAUAAUAUUCAAAAAAAUGUUCUAAAAAAAGAAAAUGUAGUAGAAAAACUUCAAGAGGGAGAAUUAGAAUUACAAAAACACGUAGAAGACAAACAAAGAUUGUCUAACACAGAUGACGUCAUAGACAACAAAAAUAUUAUGGAUAUCCCAGUCCCAACCAAUAUUGAAGAGCAACCCAAUUUAAUAAAAGACGAUUUUAAAACUGACCGAAUAGAAAAAGAUGAUGGAAUUGAUAAAAUAGAAGAAAAAAAAUUAAAAACUAAAAGUUUUCAUGUUGAAAAUGAUGAAGAAAUAACUAAAUUAAUAGUUGGUCAAUUUGAUGAAGAAGAAUCCAUAAUUAAAACUGAAGAAAAACAAGAAAAUAAAAACAAGGAGGGAAUAAUUGAAAAAGACUUUGAAACGGAAAAUAAAAAUUUAAGUCUAAUUGAAGAAAAAUCUAAAGAUUCUCAAAAGCCAAAGGAGGAACAAAUUUCUAUUGAUAAAGAUUUAAAGGAUGAUACUGAAGAAAAAAUUAUGGAAAUAAAAGAAAAGAUUAAAAUAGAAACAAUGACUAGUCUCGAAGUAGUUGACCAAGUAACCUCCCCGCUUAAUAUUUCUUUAGAAAUUAAAGAAAAUGUAGAUAUUAAAAUAGUAGAAAAUUCUUUAAAUGAAAUUAUAAUAAAAGAAAACAUCCUUCAAAUUGCACCUACUAAAGAAGAUGAAAAACUAAAAGAAACAGGACGUGAAGUGGACUCAAAUUUAAGUUGCUUAAACGAUGAAAUUUGUGAUGAAAAGUUAGAAACUGCUAGUCAAGGUGAGAAACAUUUACUAAAUAUUGAAAGUACAUCAGACAUCGAAAAUGUAAGCGAUGGCGUUACUAGUAUAAGUAAAGCCAACUGUGAAUUAUUAUCAGAAAUUUAUCCAGAGAGUAAAGAAAAUAUUUAUUCAAAAUCACAAGUUGAUAACCAAAAUAGUGAUUUGAAUGAUAAAUAUCAGCAAGCAUUACAAAUUCAACAAACAAUAGAUAAUGAACAGGGAACAACAAUAAAUGCAAGUAAAGUGGUAGAUAUUCAUAAAAAACUAGAGAUUGAAUUUAUCUCGAAGACAGAGACGCCUAUGACUGAACAUAUAGAGACUGAAAUAGAUGUCUUAAAGGAUACUGAUAAGCAAAUCGAUCAACAUUUUAAGGAAAACUUAGAUCAAGGAAAAGAUGAUGUCAGUAAAAUAGAAUCGCACAUAAAAAAUGAAGUACUAGAGAAAGACGAAAAAAGUAACACAGUUGUCGAAGUUACAAGCGUAAGCAAUAAAAUAGAAACAUCAGAAAAUGAAAAAGAAACCAAAUUGAUCGAGCAACAAUCGCCAAAACACAACGAAGAAAACUUUGAUACAAAUAAAGAAAGUGUAAAAUAUAAAUCUAAAAAAGAACAAAGUCCUGAAAUUAAAUCAAACGAAAAAGAUAUCACAUCGAAAGAAAAGGAAACGUUUAAAUUUAUAUCAAAUCAAUUACAAGAAGAAACGAGUAUAGAACAAAGCGAGUUAGCAAAACAAAAACAUAAAGAAUCUAAAGAUCAAACUCAAGUAGAAACCGUAACGAAAGAAGAAGAAGAAAUUAAAACAGAAAAGAGAAAAGAAUCUUCAAAUAAACAAUCUAAAGAAAAAAGAAGAUCGAAAAAGUCACGUGAAACUCUAAAACAAACAGCUGUAAAUAAUGAAGUAAAACCCCAAGAGGCAGAAAGUAAAGAGUUGGAUAAGGGACAAGUAAAUAUAAUAGAAAAACCUGACGAAGGCCCUAAGCUACAAGAUAUUCCACCCGAGGGUACUAAAAAUAAAGUCGACAAAAAUGAAGAACAACCAGAAAAGGAAAAGCAGGAUUACGAAGAAAAUAAAUCAAUACAAAAAGGAACCGAAGCUAAAGAUGUAAAAGUAGACAAAAUUAAACCUGAGAAAAUGAUUGUUCAAGAGAAGAAAGGUGAUAAAAUCCUCACUGGGGAAAAGAACAAAAUAAAAGACAAUUCGCAAGUUCCGGAUACUUCAGAGCAAAAAGAUAAAGGAAUUAUCUCCAAGUUGGAUAACAAAUCUAUAUUCGAAGAAAAAGAAAAUAAAGAUAAAGAUAACUUUGAAAUCGAUGAUGAUUCCAGAAAACUAGAAAAUAAUAUUUUAUCAAAUAAUCAAAAGCAGAGUACAGAGAAGAGUUUUAAAUCAACCCUAGUUAAAGAUGAUCAUCAAGAAGUCGAAAAUAGAAAAGUAUAUCCAGUAAUCAAGGAGCAUUCUUUAACGGAUUAUGAGUCAGAAUUCUCUAGACCACCAGGAUAUAUAGCAAAACCGUUCGGUAUAGAAGAAACAACAUCGCAAAUAGAAAUAAAUACAAAAGGCCAAACUAUUUACAAAGCACAAACUCUACUUGGUGAGUCACAAUUAAGAUCGUCAAUUCUUCCACAUAUGGAACAAAAUUUAAAUCAUGAAAGGCAAUCUCAAAUUAAAGACAGAACAAAAGCUUUAAGCGAAUGCAGGAGUACCUUAUCAGAAAAACGUACUAGUUCUGGUCGAGAUAAUAGACGAAAACCAGUUUUCUCAACAUUCUUAACAGACCGUACAGCAGUAGAAGGAUCACGAGUUAAACUUACUUGCAGUAUUUUAUCACCAACUGAUCCUAAAAUUACCUGGUACAAAAAUGGAAAAGAACUAGACAAUAAACAUAAAUUUAGAAGUAAAUUUGUGGAAGGUUUGAUUACUUUGGAAAUCCUCAAUGCGAUUCCAAGUGAUUCAGGGGAGUACAGUUGCAGUAUUGAAAAUGAAAACGGAUCUAUAACUUCAUCUGCUAAUCUAAAAGUAUAUCCCAGCUUUGAAGCAUCUCCAAUACCACCAACCUUUACUCGGUCUAUACGUGAUAAUUAUCAUUUAGCUGAAAAUGAAUUAAUACUAGAAUGCCGAAUCCGUGGACAGCCUCUUCCAACUAUAACAUGGCUCAAAGAUGAUAAGCCUAUUGCUUUGAGCGAUCGUUAUCAGGCACAUUAUUUAGCCGAUGGUGUUUGUAGAUUAACAAUUAGUUCUCCAAAUGCUGAGGAUUCUGGAAAAUAUACUUGUAAAGCUGAAAAUUCUAUGUGGUCUGAUCAAAUUUCCCAUGAUGUUUAUUUUACAGGUAGGAAAAGUAGCUUAAGUCCAAAUCUUGCAACAGUUGAAAAAGUGCAAUUGAGUCGACAUGUGGUAGAAUCACGCCGUCCUCAUUUUACAAACGUUUUAUCGGAUCACAAAGUAGUUUCUGGGGGCACAAUAGGUUUACAAGUAGAGAUAAGAGGAUCACCUAUUAGAGUAGAAUGGUUAAGAGAAGGACAUUCCAUAACAGAAUUGUACAGAAAUGCACAGACAUACGUUGAUCACGGAAUAUACACUCUGGCUCUUUCUGACGUAACAGAGCAAGAAUCCGGUUUGUAUACAUGUAGAGCAUAUAGCACGCAAGGAAAUGUUGAUAUGAACGCCUCUAUAACUGUUGUACAACCUAAUCAGUAUGAUGGUAAACCCGCAUCAAUUGUUAGUCGGCCAGAAAGAGAUGUACUCAUUUCUGUUGGUGAAGAUUUGAAUAUUUCAUUUAGAGUUCAUGGAGAACCUAAAGCUAAAGUUUUCUUUAUGAAGGGAAUACGUGAUAUAACAAAUAGUCAACGUGUUUGUAAGAUGACGUCAGAUGAUUAUGUUAAGUUUACCUUAAAGAGAACUGUUGUAUCUGAUGCUGGUACAUAUUGUAUCUUCGCGAGAAAUGCGUAUGGGUGUGAUCGAGCUUUCGUUACGGUUGUGAUCAGACAACGAGCUUCCUCUGACAGCCUUAUUUCCGAUUGGACUUAUCCUAUGGACGAUCUAGCUAUUUCAUCGGUUGAUCGAAACUAUAAAUCUGUUCCAGAUAGAAUUCCUAGUGAACCUAGUGCUGUUGAUGGUGGAAAUAAUUGGAUAUCCCUUGCUUGGCCCAAACCUGAUCAACAAUCAAGAGCUCCAAUUCUGGCUUAUAAAGUAGAAAGUUGGCUUCUUGGAAAAGAAGGCGGAGCUCGUUGGGUAGAAUUGGGAAUCACCCCACGAAACUCUUUCGAUGCUUUUAACUUAAAACAAGGUGAAGAGUACCAUUUUAGAGUCUCACCAAGAAAUCGUUAUGGUUGGGGUGAAUCAGUACAAACGUCUGUACCUAUUGGAAUUGGUUUAGCAGGAGAUAGACCAGAGUUUGUUGAUAUUCUACCUGGUCAACUGAAGGUACUUGUUGGCGAGACAGCAACUCUGUUUUGUAGCUUCAAAGGCAAACCAAUUCCUGAAAUAGUAUGGAUGAAAAAUGGCCAUGAAAUUGAAGAAGAAGUGGGCAGGGUAAGUAUAGAAAUAAAUGAUUACAGUUCUUCUUUACGAAUUGAGAAAGUAAAAUCAGAGGAUGAAGGAAGAUAUAGCUGUGAAGCAACAAACAUUCAUGGCCGGUCGUCUACUUAUUCAAGAAUGGCAGUAAUUACAGAUCGACAAAUAUGGCAAGCUGAUGCUAAGCUUAAAAGAGAAAGAUCAGCGGGGGUUGACGGAGAAUAUCCGCCACAAUUUACCAUGCGCUUGAGAGAUAGACGCGUACAAGCUACAUACCCAGUUCGUCUUACAUGUCAAGUUGUUGGGAAUCCAACCCCAACAGUAAAAUGGUUUAAAAAUGAGGAAGAAGUGUUCUUUGAUGGUCGUCACACUGCAUCUCAAGAUGAAUAUUUCUAUACAUUGGAGAUUGCUCCUACAACAUUAGAAGAUGGUGGGGUCUAUGAGGCGAUGGCACGGAAUGGCUGUGGUGCGGUCAGUUGUCGCUGUAGCCUUGUAGUUGACAAGGGCAUCAGAGCAUACAUCGCUCCGGAAUUUUGUUGUGGUCUUGAACCACUAUAUCAUUUAAGUGAAGGGGAUGAGCUACGAAUUUCAGCAAUUGUCGAGGCUUAUCCUUCAGUUGGUGUGACUUGGUACCGCGAUGGAGUUAGAUUACGGCCUAGUCGGCGAGCAGUUAUGACUUUAGAUCGAGAUGGCCAAAUUGAAUUAGCAGUUGCUUCUGUAACUGGUCGUGAUGCUGGCGUGUACACAUGUACUGCCUCCAACGAAGUAGGAACGGCUUCUACUUCUGGUAAGGUAGAGAUUGUAUCUGGAGAUCACGUGAUAGAAAAAACUACAAUGCCACCAAUAGUAGUUACUUCAGAUGCGCCCUAUUCAAAAGAGCCUAUGUUUAUAAGGAAGCCCAGAUCUAGUGAAGCUCGAGAAGGUGAUACAGUAAUUAUUGAAUGUGAAGUCAUUGGUGACCCUAAGCCUGAUGUUUAUUGGUUAAGAGAUUUCUUAAAGCCUGACUACUACCGAGAUUCGAGUCACUUCAAGCGCGUGGGCGCUGGACCCGCUUAUCGCUUUGAAAUUCCUCAUGCGAAACUUGACUAUACCGGCGCAUACUCAAUAGUCGCUAAGAAUAUACACGGUGAAACGAAGGCUAUCAUAUCACUACAGAUAUUAGCUAAAGAUCUCACAUGUGGUGACGAUGUUCAUAAUAUUAGAUACGGACGUGUAGAUGUGAUCCCACGUUUCGACAAGGAACUUACAGAUUUGCUGUGUUACGACGGUGAUGCAAUUGAGUUCGAAUGUAGUGUAAGCGGAAAUCCCGAUCCAGAUAUUAGAUGGUUACACUACAACGAGAUUGUCCCAGACUGUGUGGACUUCGAAUCUUCAUAUGAAAUAGGCAUAGCAAGAUUGAAAAUUAAACAGGUGACUGCUGAAGACGAAGGCACGUACACCUGCGAAGCUUCCAACAGUUUAGGCAAAGCCUCUUCAAGCGCCUGUCUCGUCGUUUAUCCUCCCGGUGAACCCAACACACUGAGCCAGCGUCUGCGGCGGCCGCCCGCACUUCUCUCCGCCGCUUCAACGCCGCGCUCUACUCCGCGCACAACUCCCGCUCGCUCGCUCUCUCGAACGCCUGGUCCAGACCCAAGACGGUUUUGCAGUCCCUCUCGUGAAAUAGCUCCAAAAUUCUACACUUACCCCUAUAACAGAGUCGCUGAAGAAGGUGAUACAAUAGUAUUUCAAUGUGCCGUAAAAGGUCUUCCGCCACCGUGGGCCACGUGGGACAAAGAUGGUAUCAUUAUAACACCAUCUGCAAGAAUUAGUAUUAAGGAAAAAGAUGAAAUGCUUAGAAUUUUAGAAAUUGAACAAGUUACCAUAGAAGAUGUAGGUCUGUACAGAAUAUCAUUGGAAAAUGAAUAUGGAAGAGCAGAAGCUUCAGCGCGACUUGAAGUUAUUACACAAAAAGGAAAAUUUUAUGGUAGUACAAGAUCUUAUAGCGUUUCUCCAAGAAAAACCUUACCGUAUAGAAGACGUACGCCUUCUUUUUCCAAACAAGACUGAUACAACAAUAAAUACAAAUCAAAACCUGAUUAAUUUCAAACUAUAAUCGAGAGAGCAGAGACGUUGACAAUACUUUUUUAAAUGGCAAUAAUAAGUAUGGAAGGCGACGACGAGCUUGAGAACAAUGUUUCAUUUUGUUUUCUUUGAUUAACUUAUUUUGCAUUUUAUUUGUAGGAUGGUUUAGAUGAUAUUUUAUUGUUUCAUAAAUAUGUAAUUGUGUCAAAGUUGUUACAAAAUUAUUUACGAGUGUCGCAGAACAAAUACUACACUAAAUUUUGUUAAAAUGUAUCUAGAUUUCAUUUGCGUACAGCUUGCGAUUUGAUGUUAAAAAUAUUAAGCUUCUUAAAAAUAAAAUUUGUUCUACGAUUUAAAUUGUCCACGUACCGGUACAGGAAACAGACGUAGGAUAAAUGUUGGACCAAUAUCUCACGUUCUUUAAUUCGAACGUGAUCUGUAUUGGUUAAAUGGAAGAUAAUCUGUUUUCGUGAAUGGCUUUUAUUGUUUUUUUGUGAUAGGUUUAGAUAAACUGGUACGUGAGCGAUGCUUAAUUAUAUAUUUACUCUCUAAUGUAGUGUUUGAAGUAUAGAAGAAUCGUUUUAAUAAAAUUUGUAUAUUUAUACUUACGCUGUUUGUUAAAUGUUUUAGAUAGUUGCAAAUCAAUAGAGCACCCGGGGAUUUAUAAAAUAAAUUGUAUUAUGAUUA